CACACCAAAAAACUAAUCUUCUUUUCUCUCUCUUUUAACCCAAUUUUGAGAGAAAGAAAAAUCAUAUAAUGGCUUCUGAAUUGAUCUACCGCGGACCGGAAUCACUUCCGGUUCCCGACAGUUACACUCCCAAACCACACAAACCAUGGUUUACUGUAAUUCGUCCCCUUCGUUACUUGCUACGAGAACAGAGAAUCGUUUUUCUAUUCGCAGGCAUUGCUAUCGCUUCUCUAAUUUUUGCCUUUUUACCUUCUUCUCGUUCCGGAGGAUCGAGCUACGCAAACACCGGGAUCUACGAUUCGUACUUACCGUCGGAGUCGACUCAGUCUCAGGUGGCUCAUCGGAUUAUCUAUCAGAAUCGGGUCGGGUUCGGGUCGUUUAAUUCCGGUGGGAAGAUCCCGUUGGGAUUGCAGCGGAAGAGUUUGAGGAUCGUGGUGACUGGUGGUGCUGGUUUUGUAGGUAGUCAUCUUGUGGACCGUUUGAUUGCGAGAGGUGAUAGCGUGAUCGUCGUUGAUAAUUUCUUCACCGGACGGAAAGAGAAUGUUAUGCAUCAUUUUGGUAACCCUAGGUUUGAGCUUAUUAGACAUGAUGUUGUUGAGCCACUUUUGCUUGAAGUUGACCAGAUCUAUCAUCUCGCUUGCCCUGCUUCUCCUGUUCAUUACAAGCAUAAUCCCGUCAAGACUAUUAAGACUAAUGUGGUGGGGACUUUGAACAUGCUGGGAUUGGCUAAAAGAGUCGGUGCGAGGUUUUUGCUAACGAGCACCAGUGAGGUGUACGGUGAUCCUUUAGAACAUCCACAGAAGGAGACAUACUGGGGCAAUGUUAAUCCUAUUGGUGUCCGAAGUUGCUACGAUGAGGGAAAACGUACAGCUGAAACAUUGACCAUGGAUUAUCACAGAGGUGCUGAAGUUGAGGUGAGAAUUGCUAGGAUUUUUAACACUUAUGGACCUCGUAUGUGUAUUGAUGAUGGUCGCGUUGUCAGCAACUUUGUCGCUCAGGCUUUAAGGAAAGAGCCUUUGACAGUUUAUGGUGAUGGGAAACAAACAAGAAGUUUCCAAUUUGUUUCAGAUCUGGUUGAAGGCCUAAUGCGGUUGAUGGAAGGAGAACAUGUCGGACCCUUCAACCUCGGAAACCCUGGUGAAUUCACAAUGCUUGAACUUGCUAAGGUGGUCCAGGAAACCAUUGACCCAAAUGCACAGAUUGUACACAAACCAAACACAGAAGAUGACCCACACAAGAGGAAACCUGAUAUCUCAAAGGCAAAAGAGUUUCUUGGUUGGGAACCAAAAGUGGCUCUUAGAAAUGGUCUACCUAUGAUGGUUCAAGACUUUAGGCAACGUAUUUUCGGUGAUCACAAAGAGGAUAGUGGAAAGAUCACCACAGCUUAAUAGAAGAGAAAGUGUGUAUGUUUGGAUAUUGAUAAACUUGGUCAGGGGUGAAAUGCACGCGACGAAAAAAUGACUCUUGUGUUCAUGUAGUUUCAAGCACAAGUGCAGGCAGCAGAAGACUGAGCUGAGCUCCCAUGUAGUUCUUUUGAAUAGUCUUAAUAGUUGGUUCUUUGUCAAUUUUGUAAUUCUAUUAUUAUCCUUUUGUUA